AUGACAAGGUUUCAUUCGUUCUUGUUCGCGGUAACGGCCACAAUAGCCUCGACGACCCUAGCGACAACACCUACGAAUUCAAACGAACACGACCCAGACGGAUAUGUGGAUGACGAUGUCCCAGCGUAUAUCGAAUUGACUACAGUCUGGAAAAUGGUAACGGCGCUGUACCCAUCCGGAGGAAGCUAUGAUGGGGCCCCAGCCAUGACAUCUCAGUACAACUCAGCGGGCCAGCCUGAGGGAGAAUGCGCUUCGUGCAGACCCGUGCCGAUCGUGCAAACCAUGUACAAGCAGGACUCGCUCCUUCUUCCCCCAAAGCCGACGAUAACAGAAGCAGCUGGGCCAACACUGGUCUGCCGCUGUGACGGACCUGUAGGACUGAAACCAGAGACUCCUCCUCUACCUGUCCCGGCCACAGUGAUCGACUAUAAUCCCCCACGGGCCUACCCCUCCGUCUCAAAUAAUGCUUCAACAUCGAACACGUCAACAGGUCUGCCAGCUGCGGAGAUUGUGCAAACCAUGCAUUCUCAGGGCUCUUUACAAAAGCCUGAUGCUCCAUCCCCAAGCUGUUCAUGCUACACGUCUUAUCCUACUUAUUAUUCGCCUCGAAUAGAGAGCACCGGCACUGGCCUCGAUCAGCCCAUUUACUCUCCCAAAGCUCCGCAUAUCGAAAACCCGCACCCCACACUCGAGGCACCACAGACGACGAUUACCAUUGUGCCACCAAGUGUCCAUGUCGAGCGACCAGCGGAAUCACUGGUUGGACCAGGACAGGGAAACGAAGAGGGCAGCACUCCUACGAUGACGGUAGAUGCAACACUGUUCAGUCCCAGAACGCAUGUCACGCAGACAGGGUUGGAUGUUCCAACGGGGCUGCACGUUCCAACAGGAGUACCGGAUGCAGGGAGCACAUUGGUAACCUCCACUUCGAGUCCUGGCUCUAGUGGCGGGCGCGAUGAUGAGGAGAGAUCUGGGCAGUCCUCCGUAAUAGCGGCUCCACAGCAGACAGGAAGCGCUGGCGAAAAAUUAGCUGUAUCGGUUUUCUGUCUAGGAGCAGCGUUUCUGAUGGUUGCAGCGUUCUAG